UUCAAGAUCUCGCUGUGAAUCUUUAAAAGAGACCUCACAACACAUCUCAAAAUGGCCACGCGAAGCGCAGCUCUCAAGCUCGACUGGGUCAAGGUCUCCUCGUCCCUGGGCCUCCGCGGCCAGACCGUCGCCUCCCUCCAGGCCUUCAAGAAGCGCAACGAGGAUGCCCGCCGCAAGGUCCAGCAGCUGACCGAGCAGCCCACCACCGUCGACUUCGCCCAGUACCGCUCCGUCCUGAAGAACCAGGCCGUCAUUGACGAGAUCGAGAAGCGCUUCAAGGCCUUCCAGCCCACCACCUACGAUGUCAGCCGCCAGAUCAAGGCCAUUGACGCCUUCGAGGUUGAGGCCGUCAAGAACGCCGAAGCCACCAAGCAGGCCGUGGACCUGGAGCUGAAGGAUCUUGCCGCCACCCUCAAGAACAUUGAAGAGGCCAGACCAUUCGAGGAGCUUACCGUCGAUGAGGUUGCCGCCGCUGAGAAGUCCAUUGACGAGAAGACCGCCGAGCUGGUUUCCAAGGGCAGAUGGAUGGUGCCUGGUUACAAGGAGAAGUUUGGCGACCUUGCCAUGGUCUAAGAAACUCAUUUUUACCCUAUUUCGACUUCCCUUUGUGUACUCUAGCAUUGUAGAUACAAGAACUUGGGGCAGGGGCGUCCAGUUUCUGCUAAUUGUCCAUUUCCUGCGUCCCCUUAUGUACCUGUGCACAAGAAGAGGGGAAACAAGAAGAUAUAAAGAUAAACCUGGAGGCGGCGAUAGAUUUAAAAAGGUGGAGGAGCUUCGCAUGAGUGUAUGAGUGUGAGUGAGAUAGGUUAUAAUAAUGAAAUUUUUGACAGCC